AUGCGUCUCCUGAACAUCCCCAUCCUCCUUUGCGGUGCAACGCUCGCACAGGCAGGAAUCAUCGAAUCGAUAUGGAGGGAAAGCCCGCAGACAUUUCUAGCCAGGAAUGGUGGGCAGCAAGAGACGAUACAAAACAUAAAGAACGGCGAUAGGGGAUCGUCACCGCAGUCUCACCUCCCACCAACCCUACGUGACACCUUGGAUGCACUCCAGGUGAUGCAAGAUACAUAUUUUGACCUAUUCACGGGAACUUGGCCAGACGCCAUUGAUUGGACUGCUGCGGUUAUUGGAACUCACGUUUCCGCGACUUUGUCCAGUAUCAUUUCCUCCGUUGAUAUAUCCUCUAUAGCUAGCUGCUCAGAUUUAGCAUCAUGGCAGAAUACUAUAGAUCGAUACUUUGCGCACACCUCGAUCUUUUACUUUGGCGAGAAUGCCUUCUCCUUACGGAACCAAGCAUUUGACGACAUGCUCUGGGUAGUUCUCGGCUGGCUCGAGAACAUCAAAUUUGUGGAAUUAUAUUCGUUGAAGCAUUGGGAUUUUGUACAGUCCGGCCAUGGCGCACUUGCGUCUGAUGGGUGGCACGGCCUGCAGUUCACUCCCAUGGCGGCUCAUCGUGCUCGCAUAUUUUAUGACCUGGCCUCAGAUGGCUGGGACGACUCUCUCUGUGGUGGAGGGAUGACUUGGAAUCCAUACCUCACGCCCUACAAAAAUGCAAUCACUAACGAACUUUUUACGGCAGCUAGCAUUGCAAUGUAUUUGUACUAUCCUGGUGAUAACAACAGCUCUCCAUACAUGGCACAGACCGAGUAUGAAUAUUCAAAACCACACAACCCAUUGCAUUUGGAGAAUGCAGUCAAAAGUUACAAAUGGCUUCGUGAGAGUCAGAUGAACCACCCCGAUUCGGGCCUCUAUCAAGAUGGCUUUCAUAUAACUGGCUGGCACCGUUAUCCGAACGGCACCAUAAAUCCUGGCACUGGGCAGUGCGACGAGCUUGACUCUAUGGUUUACACCUAUAAUCAGGGUGUCAUAUUGUCCGCCAGCAGGGGUCUUUGGCUUGCGACUGGAGCUCGAAGCUAUCUCGCCGAUGGUCACAACUUGAUCGACGAUGUCAUCAAGGCCACGGGUUGGCCAAACACCGACGCAACUUGGGCGGGCUUAGGUCGAGGCGGUGUGCUCGAAGAAUUCUGUGACCAUAACGGAUAUUGUAGCCAGAAUGGGCAGACGUUCAAGGGCAUUUUCUUUCAUCAUAUGUCCGAAUUCUGUCGUCCAUUGUGGCCGCACGAAGAGGCCUUCACGUCUGAAGCAGGGACGGGCUUCGAUAAGGAUGUUUAUGAAUAUCACCUUGCCCGUUGCAGUGCUUACAGCCAGUGGAUCUCACACAAUGCUGCCGCUGCAUCGGCAACCAAAGAUGGUCAAGGUCGCUUUGGGAUGUGGUGGAAGUUUGAAGAACCCGGCCAGGAUACGUUGGCGGUCAUCGAAGAAAGUACUAUCCUUCCCCCAGGCGCUGUUGAUUACAUAAACCCCAUCCCGGAGGACUGGUCUCUCAGAAGUUCAGACACACGUGGCUCUGAUAGCAAUGACAGAGGACGUGGCCGAACGGUUGAGACACAGAGUGGUGGAUUGUCAAUCUUACGGGCAAAAUGGAAUUGGGAAACACACUUACAUCAGAUAUCUGCAUAG